AUGUUCGAAGCGGCGGUCGCGGGAGCACUUGCUCUUUGCAGCAAAUCGCCGAAACAUGCCCUUCCGCCCUUAUCGCCAGCAUCACCGGUUCAAGCCUCAUCACCGCAGGUGCAGUACUUCGAGCCUCUUUCGCAAGAGCAGAAGAAGCACUGUAUCCAGCUCAACAUCUGCUUCCGUUGCCGUCAACAUGGUCACUCAAGCUAUCAUGGCUCGUGCCCUAACAACGACUGGAGAGCACGCUCGCGAGAGCUACCAUCAACUCCUUCCGCGGCUGCUCAGUCAUCUCAAUUACCGGCAUCGACCACUCUAGCCUCUGCUCCGAGACCUCGUCGCUCACGGGCCUCACCGACCAGUCGCACGUCAACACUGAAGUCUCAGCUCGAAUCGCUGACCUCUCUGUUCACCGCCCUCGAGGAACAGCCAGCUGGUUACGCAGAAGGUGCUGCCAUCGAAAUCGUCGCUGUUCAAUGCCAUCUUUCCACCAGCUCCACCGGUGCCAGUCACCGCGUCACCGACUACAGCUCUACCGCCAUCUGCCGCGCCAGAAGCAACCUCACCGAUCAUCACGCAGCCGGUCACUCGAACUGGCAUUUUCGCCGUCCAUUGCUCCGGAACGUCGUCUCAACGGCACCAGCCGCUCCGCCUCAGCGCACUCUGCGUUCUCGACAACGCACCAAAUCCCCAGCAGCUUCAAGCACUCGCCGUCCGAGUAAGCUGUUAGCCUUCAAUGGCAAUCAUCCUCCUUAA